GAUAAAAUGUGUUAUGUUAUUCUCUCCACCUAAUAAAACAACUCCAUAAAUUACCAUUUGCACUCCCUAAGAAAAAUCACAGCACCCCUAGAUUUCCACCCUUAUUACGUUUGCUACAAAUUAAACGUUUCAUCCUUCAUCAACAAAACUUCUUGUUCACUUUCUUAGCUUUUUGAUGCAAAGCAGGGGAAGUAAUUAUAAAUUGUUCUUCACUUUAAUGCACACACAAAGAGAAAAUAACCAACACAAGUCAAUAUUGUAACACACAUCGAGUAUCAUGGAAAAACCUCAACAAGCUAGUGAAAGACAUAACCACACAACUCAUAUAACUCCCUCUUUAUUACUACCCAAUUCUUACAACCCUAAAACCAAGCACAACAACAUAUCAUCUUUCAACUACUCAUCAAAACACUCAUGUUUCCUUCUACUAAUUUUCAUAGCCAUUUUCCUUCUCUUUCAAAUCCCAUCUCUUCAAUCUCCACCUUGGCUCGAAUCCAUCAACAAUGGCUACCCUUCAAGAACAGAUGAUCAUCAAGAAUCCGCGGCGGAGAAGCUUCGAGAUUCAAUCACAUUCCUACCAUUGAAGGACUUAAGGUACAAGAGCACCGCCCACCAAGGUCAUACAUGGUUCAUGAGUUCCAUGUAUGACAUUCACGAGGAAGGUGAAGUGCAAUACCAAAAAUUCCCUUCAAAUGCUUCAAAGGGUAGAAUCCUAUGUAUUAAGGGGAAUGAUAAACAUGAUGGUUCAUGGAAUUAUUAUGCACUUGCAUGGCGUGAAGCGUUACCCUACAAUGCUACUUUCAUGAAAGGCCUAACUUUUGUGUCAUAUAAUCAUUAUAAUUAUGAUAAUAUAUGGCAUGGUUUAUCCGCAAUUUUUCCGUUUGUUGCAUGGCACAUGAAAAAUGAGUGCAAGUUACCAUCUAGAUGGAUUUUGUAUCAUUGGGGUGAACUUAGGACUAAGAUGGGCAUUUGGUUAAGUUUGGUGUUGCAUUCUACUUUUGGUGGGCCUCAGAAUAUUGAAGGGUUUGAAGGGGUGGAAGAAGAGCAUCCAAUCUGCUUCGAAGAAGCAGUGGUGAUGAGGCACAAUGAGGGAGGGAUGUCAAGGCAGAGAAGGAUGGAAACUUAUGAUCUCAUAAGGUGUAAAGCAAGAACAUUUUGUAAUGUGAGCAUAGACAGUAAGGCUAAUGAAAUUGGAAUGACACUAUUAUUAAGGACUGGGCCCAGAUCUUUUAAAAAUGAUGCAGCUGUUAUUGACAUCUUUAAAAGUGAAUGUGACAAGAUUAACAACUGCCAAUUAUUGGUUGCUUACUCUAAUAAUCUCACAUUCUGUGAACAGGUUAAAUUGAUGAGCUUAACAGAUAUUUUGGUAUCACCUCAUGGAGCACAAUUAACAAACAUGUUCCUAAUGGAUAGGAACAGUAGUGUAAUGGAGUUUUUUCCAAAGGGGUGGCUCAAGUUAGCUGGGGUAGGCCAAUAUGUUUUCCGUUGGCUUGCAAGUUGGUCAGGGAUGAUACAUCAAGGUGAUUAUCGUGACACCAACGGUGACAAUUGUCCCUAUUCUGAAGAUGAUCGUCGAUGUAUGUCCAUUUUUAAGAGUGGUCAAAUUGAAGUUAAUCAUACUUAUUUUAGGGAUUGGGCUAAAAAUGUGUUGAAUGAGGUGCAAAUUAGGAAAAUAAAUGAAGCAUCUAAUAAGAGUCUUAAAUCUAAGACCAUAAGUUGUGCUUGUGAUAUGUAAUGUGCUUAUAAAGAUCAGAUGAUGGUCAUUGAAUUCGACAUCAGUACUUAGUUAAUGUGAUCAAAUUGAAAUUGAGAUCUGUUUGAU